AGAACCACUACAUCACAGCUCCUCUAAAAACGACGUAUGCAUACGCAAAUAUAUGAUCAAUCACUCUAUGCUCUCGACCUUACUAACCACAAUCACAGAUGUAACAGCUUGCGAUACUACAGUGUUUGCAAGAUACCCCGUUGAAGGUCAUGGAGACGCAGGAAACAUCACGUUCAGUCAAGAAGGAUGUGUAGCUGCAGGCGGAAGCCUUUCAGUUACCUGUUCAUGUACUCAACAAGGUCUGGAUUCAUUCGACUGUGACAGUGGGACCUGGGCUGCAGGUGCAUCUCAGAUUCCCAACCCCACUAUCGUUUGUUUCGCUGCUUGUCAAUGCCCUGAACCUGAGGCCCCCACCAAUGGUUACAUCGUCGGUAAUGACUACAAUCUUUUCAAGACAAUCAAUUAUAUCUGCAAUGACACAUAUAGAAGAAUUGGAGCCAGUCAAGCCUCAUGCCAGCAGGAUGGGACAUGGAAUCAACAACCACCGGAAUGCAAAGCCCCAUGCGCUAGACCAGAUGUCAAUGCAACGGUGACUCUUUCUGAUCCAGUCGGCCCUUACAACGACGGCGAUAUUUUGAAUUUUCAAUGCGACGGCACCACCACAACCAUGAUAGGAGCCGAUACCGCAACGUGUAGAGAUGGAGUAUGGGACCCAUCCCCUCCCUCCUGCUAUUAUAAAUGCACCAUACCCGAGACCACAACAGCUACCCUUGGAAAUGGACAAACGUCGGGAUCAGUCGUAGAUCAUGAAACAAUGAUCGACUUCCAAUGCAACGAAGGGCGGCACUACAAUGAUAUCGCCAUCGGCGAUACUACUGGUUCCCAAACAUGCAAUAAUGGCGAGUUCCCGAGCCCAUUCGCUACAUGUUACGCAAAUUGCACAGCAGCUGACCUUGCCACUCCAGCUUUUGCUCAGUUAGAACCAGAUUCACCGACUUACUAUGACAAGACAACCGUUCAUUUCUCCUGUGAGUCCGGGGUCUUGUCAGUGCCAAGUGCGACUGGUACUUGCGAGGACGGCACGUGGAGCGUCCCCGGUUUUGAGUGUGUCCAACCACUGAAUUGUUCCGAUCCCGGUUCCCCAACUAAUGGCAGAGCAAAUGAAAACGACUUUAGCCACGGUGCAGAGGUUUCUUUUACAUGCAACGCUAAUUUCACGUUGAUGGGGCAGUCAAGUAUAAGCUGUAACAACGGAUCAUGGAGCGGGAACGUACCGACUUGUAACGAGAAUCCUGAUCCAGUAACCAACAGGAGCGCUAGUCUAGAGUGCAGGAGUGAUUCAAUCCGGGUCACCAUUGAGCGCUCUGUUUUGCCUGACCUAGCAGGAGAUGUCAUCAGAUUUGAAAACGACCCGAAUUGUACUGGUGUAAUUGAUGGAGACUUCAUCGUUUUCACCACUAUGUUUGACCAGUGUGGAACCACUAAGGAGGAAGACGGUGAUUUAGACGUAUACAAGAACCGCAUCGUGAAUGGGAAAAACAGCGGUAACGUCGUUUCGCGUGACAUCACAGUAUCAUUCCCAAUAACCUGCUUCUAUGAGCGCGUCCAUCGCCUGGAAUAUGGUUACUCUGCUAGUGGCAGCGCGGGGGUUGUUCAGCAGGCUCUCGAAGAGACAGGCUCGUACAGUGCAACGUUCGACUUUGCGAUGUAUACCGACGAUACUUUUACGACAAAAGCGGAUUCUUCUGCCACCAACGUACCCGUCAACCAGAGAGCUUUCUUUGGUGUAGAAGCCACGACCGCUGCCGAUCAACGGGUCGUCCUCGACUCGUGCUGGACGACACCCACGAGUGACCCCGAUGAUAAUAGGCGUUACAAUUUAAUAUCGGAUGGGUGUGUGGUAGAACAGACAGUUAUGCGCCAUGAUCUAGGGAUGAAUGGGCUAGCUGCAUUCAGUCUCUCGGGAUUUACCUACAUCGAUACUACUCAGGACCUUUCUAUUGACGCCCUCUCGGGUUAA